GUUGAGUGGGUUUGCCGUUUGCCCGAUUUAUUAUAGCCAAGGCUUUCCAACAAGAAAUUGAGAAGUCUUCUGCGAACAAAUUUGGUUGACUUGCUUCCACCUUCUUCAUCGUCAACUCAUCUCUUUCUCAAGUCUCAGCCACAGUAAUAUCUUCUUGUUCCUCAUGAAAGAUGCUCUCCUAUUUGCCAUGGAAAUACACACAGUAAUAACUCCAGAAGCUAUAGAGCUGACGCCUCAUCUCCAAUACAUCUGAAGCAUCCUUCACCGUUACCAUCAUGACGUCCAUGGUCAUGGCUUCCUACAAAAUUGCCUUACUCUUCUUCUUCAUUACCUCCCUCCAUUCUCCUACUUCCGACGCACAGACUUACCUUGACCACAACUGCUCUUCCAACAAAACCUUCGCUGCCAAUAGCGCCUUUCAAUCGGACCGGACUGCACUUCUCUCUUCCUUAGCUUCCAACAACACCACCAACACCGAAUUCUACAACGCCACCGUUUCCGGUGGCGGCGACACCGUUUACGGCCUCUUCAUGUGCCGGGGUGACGUCAACCUCUCGGUGUGCCACCAAUGCGUCGUUAACGCAACCCAACGAUUAACUUCCAAGUGCCGAGCUUCGAAGGAGGCAAUAGUCUGGUACGAUGAGUGCUUGCUUCGCUAUUCCAACCGCUCCUUCUUCUCCACCGUCGACACAAGGCCUAGACUUGGCCUCUUGAACACCGGCAACGUCUCCAACCAGGCAAGCUUCAUGAGAACAUUGUACGAUACGAUGAACAAGACGGCAGACGAGGCAGCGAAACCUGCCGUGGGGCAAAAGAAGUAUGCGACGGGAACAGCGAAUUUUUCAGCGUUCCAAACGGUGUAUUGUCUAGCUCAGUGCACGCCGGAUCUUUCGCCGGGAGAUUGCAGAAGGUGUCUGAGUGGCGUGAUUGGGGACCUUGACUGGUGUUGUGAUGGGAAGCAAGGAGGAAGAGUUCUAUACCCUAGCUGUAAUGUUCGCUAUGAAUUGUACCCUUUCUAUCAAUCGGCAGCUCAAGCACCAACUCCGUCACCGGCAAUUGUUCCUCCGACUUAUACUACAGGUUCCCAAGGAAAAAGUGGGAUCUCAUCAGGGACGAUUGUUGCGAUUGUGGUUCCGAUUUCAGUGGCUGUCCUGAUAUUUAUAGUCGGCAUUUGUUGCUUGAGUAAGAGAAUGAGGAAGAAGUAUGACUCUGUUCCCCAUGGAAAAUCUGCAAGUGACAUCAGCAAUGUGGAUUCACUGCAAUAUGAUUUCAGUACAGUUGAAGCAGCCACGGACAAGUUCUCUGCAGAUAACAAGCUUGGUGAAGGCGGAUUUGGAGAAGUUUACAAGGGCAUACUUCCAAAUGGGCAAGAAAUUGCUGUGAAGAGACUCUCUAGAAGCUCUGGACAAGGUGUACAAGAAUUUAAGAAUGAAGUAGAAGUGGUUGCCAAGCUACAACACAGAAAUUUAGUGAGGCUUCUGGGUUUCUGUGUGCAAGGAGAAGAGAAGAUACUUGUUUAUGAAUAUGUGCCCAACAAAAGUCUUGAUUACGUUCUUUUUGACCCUGCAAAGCAAAGACAACUAGAUUGGACAAAGCGUUACAAGAUUGUCAAAGGAAUUGCUCGGGGCAUUCAAUAUCUUCAUGAAGAUUCAAGGCUUAAAAUUAUACAUCGUGAUCUUAAAGCUAGCAAUGUGUUAUUGGAUAGUGAUAUGAGUCCAAAAAUCUCAGAUUUUGGUAUGGCAAGAAUUUUUAUGGUGGACCAAACGCAAGGAAACACCAGUCACAUUGUUGGAACAUAUGGUUACAUGUCUCCGGAAUACGCCAUGCACGGGGAGUUUUCUGUUAAGUCUGAUGUAUACAGCUUUGGUGUCCUUCUAAUGGAGAUUAUAAGUGGGAAGAAGAAUAGUUCUUUCUAUCAAAUGGAGGGUGCUGAGGACCUGCUGAGCUAUGCCUGGAAACUUUGGAAGGAUGGAGAGCCCUUGGGACUGUUGGAUCCCAUAAUAAGAGAAUCUUGUACUCCAAAUGAAGUUAUGAGAUGUGUUCACAUUGGUCUUCUGUGUGUUCAAGAAGAUCCAGCAGAAAGACCUACAAUGGCUUCCAUAGUUCUGAUGCUUGAUAGUUACUCCGUGACUCUGCCAACCCCUUCGCAGCCUGCAUUUUUUAUGCAAAGUGGAACUGAUCCUAACAUGCCAAAAGGCUUUCAAUUUGGUCAAUCUACGACCAAGUCAGCACCAAUGUCAGUCAAUGAGAUGUCUGUUAGUGAAGUAAUUCCUCGGUAAGCUUGUAAGUUGGAGGUUUUAAUGCACACGUGCCUCUAUCUAAGUGGUCCAAGAGUUCGCUGGAAUACUAUUUGAGUUCGUUGUUCCUUCCUUUUCAGUGUGAAUUUCCAGGUCAUUGGGGCAAAGUUGUAUUUAUAGCGAUAUUCUUACCUUCCUUCUGUGAUAUUGAGUCGUAUCCAUCAAUAAUUAUUGGAUUUUCAAAGGGUCAAUUUUGCAAUGUAGCAGACUUGAAAAGUAUAGCAACUUGCAAUCCAACAUAUUUUGAUGUCGUA